UUAUCGAUGGAUUUCUUCCUAUUACUACAAACAAACAUCUGAAAAAGAACUCUCGGGGAAGCAAUGGCCACUAGUCCUGCAACAUGUUUUCAUUUGCAGCACAUGGCGUCAACUUGGGUCACCAGCAACAAAGGAAGGGAAAUAGCCAUGCCAUUAAGACCUGCAAAUGAUCAUCACAGCAAGACAUUUAAGAUCAGCAAGAGAUGUGGAACCGUGAAAUGCAGUGCCGGGGGAGAGAGAGGGAUAGUCGACUUCAUCGGUGGAGAUCUUUUGAAAUUCGAUCUGGGGCGUUGGCUAUCGGACGUGGAAGAGCACAAAGCCCUCGCUAUUUACACCCCGCACGAGGGAGGCUACGAGGGCCGCUACUUCACGCGUCUCCGGUAUCAGGGUUACUAUUUCCUCGACCUUACCGCUCGUGGCCUCGGCGAUCCAGAGACUACGCUCACCAAGAUCCAUCCUGUUUGCCCUCCUCAUGUUGGAAAGCAACCAAUAGCAAGGUGGUAUUUCCCUCCAGAAGUUGAUUAUAGGCUGCAGGCUUUGCCUCCUGAAGCUAAAGGACUCAUCGUCUGGGUAAUCGAAGCCAAGGUUCUGUCCAAGUCGGAGCUGCAGUUUCUUGCUUUGCUGCCCAGUCUCCGGCCAAAAGUGAGGGUCAUUGCCGAGUGCGGAAACUGGAGAAAAUUCAUGUGGAAACCACUCAAGGAAAUUGCAGGCCUAACUGCUGAGGAAGGAGCAUGAAACAACUGUAAUCC